AGCUGGAAAUGGAUAAGUGAAAGGAAGCAAUAGGAAAAUAUAUUAAUUAUACGCGAUUUGAAGCGUCGCGAGUCGGUCUCGUGCGUUUGUGCAAAAUUUAAAACGCACGUGCAUGCGUGCCUGACGGGGCUACGGCCCGGCGGCAACGGCCAGUGACACAGAAGAAAUAGCAAGAGCGAGAGAGAGGUUUUGAGGUGGAGGUUGAAAAGGGGUAGGAGAAGAAGGUGAAUAGGAAGGUGGGGGAGGAACAGGUAAAGACGCACCGUGUAUGUACCUUGUGUACAGAGAGAAAACGACGAUCGCGACUCGCGCGUACGAAUCCGCGAAGCCGAGAGUCGGCGAACCGAACCGCUCACCGAUUCCAAAGUCCGUCGGCAGUCAGGCAGGUUCAGUUGUCUCCGAACCCCCGAACUGUUCGGACGCGUUUUCCAGAGGCAUAUUUUCAUCCUACGACGCGUACUCGCGAACACGCGCGAUUCGUCUCUGAUACACAUACGCACCGAAAGGUCAAAGUGCACGGAAAAAAAUUCGAUCGAUCGAAGAUCGAAUCGGUUUGAAAAUUCUCGACGUCGCGAGAACGGCGGGGAUAGUCGCUGCAGCUGUCAAAGUAGAGGUUCCUAUCUACCACUACGUCGAUAGAACAAACUCGAGAGAACCAACCACCUGUCUUCCUCUGUUCACCGAGACGAAGGGGAGCGCGAGAUCGUCGCUUCGAACGAUCGAUUUGCUAAGACGUAGUCGACACGUAAAAUGGUAGCAUCGCAAAACGAUGGUGGUAGAAGUAUGGGAGGUGGUGAUGGUGGUGGCGGCGGCGAUGACACGGUUUAUACGGUGGCCGUAAUGAGCGGUGGCGGUUAUAGAAACGAGGGUUACAAGGACGACGGCACCGACGGCAUACCGCCGGAACCGCAAAAACCGCCGCAGCUACCGGCGACGGACGACGAUACGCAGUCGCGGAAGUUCAAGGUGUCGCGCGGCGAGAAAUGGCGUAUCCUGAAGAACAUUGGCACCGUCUCGAUCGCCUUCAUGGUGCAGUUCACCGCGUUCCAGGGUACGGCAAAUCUACAGUCGUCGAUCAAUGCAAGCGACGGCCUCGGCACCGUAUCGCUCUCGGCUAUCUACGCCGCCCUGGUGCUCUCGUGUAUUUUUGUACCUACUUUCCUUAUUAAGAGGCUCACCGUCAAAUGGACCCUCUGUCUAUCUAUGCUCUGCUACGCACCAUACAUCGGUUCGCAGUUCUAUCCUAAAUUCUAUACUCUAGUACCUGCCGGCGUACUCCUUGGUCUCGGCGCCGCGCCCAUGUGGGCCGCUAAGGCCACAUACCUUACCCAGGUUGGCGGGGUUUACGCCAAGAUCACCGACCAACCGAUUGACGCUAUCGUCGUACGGUUCUUCGGCUUCUUCUUCCUGGCGUGGCAAACCGCCGAGCUCUGGGGCAAUCUUAUCUCCUCGCUUGUGCUGAGCGACGGGGGGCACGGUGGCAGCGGAGGCGGCGGCGGCAGUAACGGCACGACCAGCUGGGACAAAAUCAAGUUGUGCGGCGCGGAUUUCUGCGUCCUUGGCAACGGAGGCCACGAGAGUCUGGAGCGGCCGCCGGAAUCCGAGAUCUAUGAAAUCUCUUCGAUCUACCUUACGUGCGUCAUCAUUGCCGUAAUAAUCGUCGCUCUAUUCGUCGAUCCUCUUUCCAGGUACGGCGAGAAGCAACGACGGUCGGAUAGUCAAGAAAUAAGUGGCAUUCAAUUGCUCUCCGCUACAGCUUACCAGCUAAAAAAACCUUAUCAGCAAUUGCUGAUACCGAUCACGGUAUGGAUCGGUAUGGAGCAAGCUUUCAUCGGCGCCGAUUUUACGCAGGCGUACAUCUCCUGCGCUCUAGGUGUCCACAGAGUCGGCUACGUCAUGAUCUGCUUCGGGGUGGUCAACGCUGGCUGUUCGUUGUUAUUCGGCUCAUUAAUGAAAUUCGUCGGCAGACAGCCGCUGAUGGCACUGGGCGCCAUCGUUCAUGCCUCCCUCGUAGUCGUUCUUCUCAUGUGGAAGCCGCAUCCUGAUAAUCCUUACAUUUUUUAUUCGGUCUCAGGUCUUUGGGGUGUGGGUGAUGCCGUGUGGCAAACGCAAGUCAAUGGACUCUAUGGCACGCUGUUCAGACGCAACAAGGAGGCAGCCUUCUCAAACUACAGGCUAUGGGAGAGUGCCGGUUUCGUGAUCGCCUACGCGUACAGUACGCAUCUCUGCGCUCGUAUGAAGCUGUACGUGAUGCUGACGGUGCUGAUCACCGGCACCAUGGGCUACAUCAUUGUCGAAUUGCUGCACAGGCGCAAGCAACGACGGCUCAAAGCGAUCGCCGAAGAUCCGAAGGCCGCCCAGAUCGAGGCGAAUCAGCCGGAGGAGACCGACGAUGAGAAGGACGACCUCGACGACGAGAUCACAAUCACCCAUCUGUGAGUGAUCUGCGCCAUCGACGUAAUCAUACCUCGUUAAAUAUAUUAUCCGCGCUCGCGGCUCUUUCUCGUCUCGUCGACGAGAAAGUCGAGACGAUAGCCGGAAGACGACAAUCGAUUGAUUUCGCGAAUAUCCUUUCUUCCGCUAUAUCCGACGAAAUCUUACAUCCUAUCAAUCCCCUCAUUCUCGUUUCUCAGUCCCUCAAACCUCAGAUAGACUCGUGCCGUCCAAUCGGUGCGCAAUCCCACGUACUUUUUCCUGUUGAUGAUAAAAUGUCAAAGUCGGGAUGCAACUUCAGAAGAGCGGUGAGUAUGCGCACUCCUUCCACGAUGAAGUGGAAAUGCCGAAUGUCGACUUCAUCUCAUGGGACGCUUCCCUUCAAGAAAAUACCGGAAAUGUAACGCGUAUCCAGACUGUAAUCUGACUUCUAUCUUCUUUGGCGACACCGGAACGAGUUGAUAGUCGAUAAAUAAAUUUAUCAAUACUUGUGGUGCUAAAAAAAAAAACGCAUGAUGACGUACAGAAUCCGCUCUCAUGCUACAAAGAACAUGGGACUUUCGCUACCGUUACUAGCUCUUGAAAUGUCAAGACGGAUCAUCUCAAUGACAACGUUCUUAUUUUAUAUCUUUAUCAUGGUUCGUAGAGCGAAAAGUGCAUUUUGUUAAUACGCGCCGGCAUCGGCGCCGGUUUAAAUAAUCUAGUGGUCUUUACAAAUUAAUUAUAUAUAUACGAUUUUUUUUAUUAUAAACAUUUAAUCAAAUUUGUAAAGAUUACGAUGUUAUACUUUAUACCCUUAAAUGAGAAUGCAUGUGACAUAUUAUACAUGUGUAUAGUGUUUAUAAUUAAUGGAAAUUGGCGUGAGAUUCGACGAAAUUCAUCAUUUAUUCGAGAAAGAAUGCUUUACACUCUCGCUCGAAUUUAUUAAUACUCUAGUGUUUAAAAAAGGAGAAACAAUUGUUCUAAGAAAGGCGUUCUUAAUAAAGAAAUGUCAUUGUUAUGGGUUAUAUCGGAAUCCCUCGUAUUUUUCUUGAGAGUAAAGCAUGUAAGAUGUUAAUAUGAGUCUGUACAUUAAAACAAUAUUCUUUUUCUGUCAAAAAUAGAUGAAUCAAAAAUGGACAAAGUUUCAUUCUACGCAAAACUAAAUUAUUAAAAUUUCUAAAUUAUAUUUUGUAUAUGUUUUGUUUUCGACUCGCUUAUAAAUAAAUAUCUUUCUUCGGUGUUGUGUAUUUUAUUUUAUUUUUUUGUUUCAUGUACAUAUAAAAGAAGAGAGAAAUGAUUUUAAAAUAUUUAAUUAAACAAAAUGUAUAAAAAUGUAAUUUUUUACAGAUAUUAAAGUAAUUUUUUUUUUAUUUAUUUGAGUCAUAUCAUUGCAAUUAAAAAUUUUGCAGAAUAAGAACUCAUUCCAAUUUUAUCAUCCAAUCUAUUUUUUUCGAGAAUCUUAUCUCGUGCCACUUUUCAUUCGCUCUUAGAACAGGUUAAAAGGCGCAAGAAACAUAUCAAGGUAUUAUAAAUAGAUAUCAUAAGUCGUUUGAAUGCAUGUGUACAUCGCCCUUUCCGUCCUAUCAUAUUUUAUUACAUGGUAGCUCAAGAGUCUACGAUAUAAAUUUAGGAUACGGAUGCAAUCCUCUAGAGAGAUCUGUUCUUAUGAAAUAGUUAUCGUAUUGAUAGAAUGGUGAUUAUUUCUUUCAUUAAAAAUAAAAACACGAGACUAUAUAUAAAAUGUAAAUUUAAUUUUUCAAUUCUUUAUAUCUCUGUGCAAAGAAGAGAAUUAUAAGAAUUAAAAGAAUCAUACGACGCAAAAAGCGUAUGUAUCUUAUUGUUCUUGGGAGAAUAAUCAGUACGUGAGAAUAUUAAAAACUCAUCGUAUCUUUAUAUCAUCAGAGCAAAUUUUGCAAAAUUACGCGAAUAUUUCUUGUGUGUAAAUAUACUCCGACUAAUAUACUUCAGUUUAUGUAAUUCUUACCGAGUAUUCUUCUGCGUAGAGAAGACAUAUGACGGAGACUAAAAAAAAAAUUUUAUUGCUAAAAAGAAUAAAUAUCUUCUCUUAUAAUCAAAAAAUUUUGUUGAAUGCUGACAAUGCUUUAAUAUGAUGUCUAACAAUUCAGUAUUAUUGCUUGUGAACUUUUUGAGCAAUGUAAUGAUUUGUAAUAAUCUCCUAUAGUUUUCAAAACAAUGUUUUAUUUUUCUUAUCAUUGUAGGAAAAUUUCAGGCAUGGUUUAAACAAGUUUCACGAAGCUUCUCCAAAACACAAAAAUCGAAAAUGUUUUAUUUAACAGACGCGUUAUAAAACUAAAUAUUUUAUGUAAAUUUCUUUAAUCUGUCAAUUAUUGCGCAGCUUAAUGGAUUAAUAUGCUCCUAUCAACUUUCGCGUAUAUAUUGCACGUGCUGUCGGAGAUUCGUGCGAUAAAUCGAAUGUAUUUUAAUGUUUCCACGGACGACUGAACGAUUAUCUUUUUAUUGCAACAGUACAAUGACCAAAGCGGACAAAAAACCAGUAACAGGAAACUCACAAUCCUGUCUUCUGGAUGGGAAAUAUUCAACUCUCUGGGAUACCGCGGCCGUUUAUUUCUAUACCCGUGGUAUUAUUAUAAUUCAUCGGGCUGACAUCGUGCUGGUUUGAAGUUACUUCAACGAGAGCUCCUCGUUCCAUGUCCGUUUCUCUCGUUUUCGUUUUAUUAUUAUUCGUUCACCUCUUCUCUUGUUGUUCAUUUUCCAUUUUGUUAGCAAGAACUCGUCUUGUCAUCGUGAUAUCACGUUCUACUCGACCAGCAUCACUAUCGCGAAAAAAACUCCACGAUGACGCUAUUGGAAGCUGCGCGACAAGAAUGGAACGCGCGGCAUAUAACGGUGCUCGUUUUGUUCGCUUUUUGCUUGCUGGGUUCUACGCACAUUGCCAAUCCUCUCUCUUCUCAUCUCGUCUUUUUUUCUUUUUUUCUCAUCUCCUCAAUGCCGCGGAAAGUUAUUAUAUUUCUCGAUGGGGUUUUUAAUCCUACCCUAUAUAUUUAUAUCCCUCUUUUCUCCAUGAUGUCGCAGCGGAUUCCUCGUCUCCAUCCCACGAGAUCUCCCAUUGUAAAAUCUCAAAAAUGGAUUAAAUAUAAAUGAUAGCAAGAUCGAUAUUAAUCACACUAAAUAAAAUUAAACGACUAGUCUCGAGUUAAAAUGACCUUUAGAUAUAUCAUUUCUCAAUAUAUUGUUACAUAUGUAUUAUACUUAAAGCGUAAUGAAAUAAUCACCAUUUUAUCAAACCGAGAUAUCGAGGAUUCGGGGAAAAAAGCCUUUCUCCAGUGUGUAAAUACAAAAUAAAUGAUAGCUUAUAUUUUCGAGAUAUUUGUGUCAGAGAGUGAUAUGAGUGAGUUCUAUCGUGCGAAAUAUACAUUAAUAUGUAUACCGUAUUAUACAUAAGAUAUCUGGUUUCGUAGUCGCACCAGAAGAAUGUACGUUUCCUGUAUCAUUCAAACUGUGCUCUAUCUUAUUUUUUCUUUAUUAUCGCAAACAUUGUAGAUUUAAGUAGCUCAAGUAAUGUAGUGUAGUAACGGCGGAUGAGAAUGGGAUUAGUAAUUGAAUCGGGUUAGCGUUAAUAAAUUCGUUUAAUGAAAGUAUAGUGAUAGCGUAUAUAGGUAACUGCUUUCUAGUGAUUAGGAAAAUUGUGCCUCAUUUGAAAUCCGUUUCGCCCUACAAUCCGAUUUCAUCCGUGGUUGCUAUACAUAUUAAUAUUGCAAUUAAAUACAUAUAUAUGAUUUUACGGUACGAAAACAACUGAUAGAGAAAUUAAACAUCAAAAGAGUUUGAGAGGGCAGCGAGUGUGUCCGGAAUAUCUGUGUAGUUUUCGAAGGGAAUACCAGUUCUAUUUUUUGUUGAACUUUAAAGGGAUUCACAUGAAUCACAGUUUGCACUUUAAAUGCAUUGAUAAGACAUGGUUUAACGGGACCACGAUCUAACAUAUAUUUUUAAGCCUGCGAGAUUAGACUUCCUAGAUUUUACUGAAAAGUAUUCAGAGAGAUAUAUAUAUUUGUUUAGAAGAUAAAAGAUGUAUAGACGAUGCCUGAACCAAUAGCAUUGGGACCAUUUUGAUUGCAUACUUUUUGUUCUUAAUGAGAUUUGUAAAUAUUCAUUUUAGUAUUAAUCGUUAGGUAUAUAAUUAUGCAGAGGGAAAGAGCAACUGGACGUCUCGGUUCACAUAUCUAGCAUAUUUUUUCGAAUGUUGUUUUCUGUUAUUUUUAUUUGACUACGUUUAUGCGCGUCAAAAGAGUACAAUUCCAAAUAUUGUUAUUAUCUUUUCCUCUAUAUUUAAGAUUAGAAGAUUUAUUCUUUUUUUAUGCUUGCUUUAUGCUUAUUCUAUUAUAUCUUAAAAGUAUGUGCAAGCACAUACUUAUCUUCAAGUAUAAAAGCGCGUAUAAGAAGAGUGAUAGAAAAGAAUAGAUCUAUGUUGCUUAAAUAUUUGCCACACUUUUUAGACAUGCAUAAACGCGGUUGUUAUACAUACAUCCUUAGAUGAGCUAAGGGAAUUCAGCGUAUUAACUAAGUUUGUUGUUUUACGAUAAAAAGAUCAUGGCACGCCCAUGCAUGAUUAUUGAUGCGUCCGGCAAAAAUUGUACAGUAUAUACAAUAUACAUAUAUAUAUAUAUAUAUGUAAUUAUACACUUCCUUUUACUAUUGCAUUCAAUUGUUAUCAUACAUUAUGAUGACACGUUGAUUAUGAUUGCAAUCAUUGUUGUAUCGUCAAAUUAUUUUGCUGCUAUAAUUAAUAAUAUAUUACUAUAUCACUAUAUACAUAUGACACACGUAAUGUUAUGUAACAAUAAGAAUUAUUUUAUUAAAAUUGUCGAUUGAGAUAUAAUUAUAUACAUAAUAUAAAAUUUUAUUUUUCUAAUUUCCUUUCAACUGACAAUAUUAUACGUUUGUUCGUAUAUACACAAUUUAUUUCACGAAAAAAAAAAUAUUCUUCAUAACUCAAUCACAUUUACUCUGAAAAAAAUUAAGAAUGAUAAAUAUAACAUUUUAUAAUACUUUAAAAAAUAUAGUUUAUGAUAUGUAUUCACCAAUUUAUUUAAUCCUUAAUAAAUUCACAAGCAAUAAUUGUAAGGUAA